AUGAGGGUCGGGAUCGCAAUCUUCACCUUAUUCGCAAGCACUAAUGCAUGGUACUACGGUAGGCCGGAUCCUGGCUCUUCUACUCAAGGAGGAAUAUGGCCGCUCCCUUGGACAAUCUCCUACGACACUUACAACCACACAAUCAAUCCAGGGCAAUUUCAUUUCGUUUCCAAGGUUGGUACCUGUGAUGUGAUAGACAAAAGCAAUGGAUAG